AUGGAUGUGAAUUUUGAUGACACCCAUUUUUACGAUUCGAUAUUGGAAGAUUUUGAAGAUGAUGCCUUGCCGUCAAAAUCUCGCCAGGGCGAAGAAGAAACGCACGAGGCAUCGAAACGACUCGAGGAGAUCGUUCGACAAGAAGAAGAGGGACAUCAAGACGAUCCCUAUUUGCCGUCCAAUCGACGAAGGAUUAAUUUGAACCGGAAUGUGACAUAUUUUCAAAACACUCAGAUCCAGCAAUCUUUCUCCCGGACCCCAUCACAACAAUAUUUCUAUGUGGAGCCACCAGUUGUAGACGAAAGAAGAAAAGAAAUAACGACAAGCUCCAUACAGAAAGCUGAUGCCGAAACUGGACCCAAAUCACUGAAUCGACUUUCUCUCAAAAUCGGCUCAAAAGUUUUUCGAUACAAGGUUGUAAACAUUGCCGACAUGCCAUCGACAAGCAGUGAUUAUCAAGUGGAUGGACAAGAUUCAUUUGCAUGGGAAUCAAUGAAUCAAGUGGAAGUGCAACCGGUUGCCCAACUUGUACCCCCGGUUCGGUUGCGACUCAAUCGAUCGGUCAAGCAAAGUUAUUGCUGCUCGGAGUGCUCGGCCACUUUUCUAACGAAAGGCCAACUGAUGCGCCACUUGAGCUCGCAUUCAUUUCACAAACCUUUCCGGUGUUGCUAUCACAAUUGUGCAAAAGCUUUCACGACAAUAGAUGGCCUGCGCUUACAUGAAAAACUGCAUCUUGAAGGAAAACAAUACGAGUGCGAGCUUUGUCAUAAGACUUUCUCUCGACAACAUAAUCUCAUCAUGCAUUUACGUUUGCACCAAAGUGGGCGCCGACAUUUCUGCUCAUUUUGCGGGAAAUGGUUUCGCUUGUUUGUGUCCAUGUACGAGCAUCAGAAUCUCUGCUCUUCUCGUCUUCCUGGUGAAGUCCCACCCUCCGAGAAACCACUUCGCUACAAAUGUACUUAUUGUGAAAAGAUGUUUCACCAUAAAAGAGACAAGCAAAUUCAUGAACGGGUUCACACAGGAGAACGACCAUAUUCUUGUGGGUAUUGCGGGAGAGGGUUUUCACAAUCUCAGGCUUUAACGGUUCACAUUCGAUUGCACACCGGUGAAAAACCGUAUCAGUGUAAAACGUGUGAACUUUCUUUCAGAGAUACAUCAGCUUUACGAAAGCAUGAGUUCAAUCAUCAUUGUGGCAUCAGG